GCGUGGCGGUGGCUGUGGCCGCUCCACGUGGGUGCGCAGAGCUCUUCCUAUGGUGCGCCCGCGGCCCCAGGAAGGCGAGGUCCCUCAGUCAGUUCCUGGCUAGACUGUGCUCAGAAGCUGAGAUCUCCCGGACUCCAGGCGGGGCAGGAUGGUAAAACAAAAGAGAAAAGGUCCUGAAGUGACAAAGAAAAACAGGAAAAAAUUGAAGGUGUCUGUGGAAGAGACACUGCGGGCAGCUGAUGCCACAGCAGAUGAGGAGGAAGCCAGCCUGGAGGGGGUGGCAGCGAGCAGAGUGCAGGACACAGUCCCCCAGCUGUCCUCAGAGGAGAGGAGAGUCCUGGAGAGGAAGUUGAAGAAGGAACGGAAGAAGGAGGAGAAGAAGCAGCUGCGAGAUGCAAGGGUCUCAACAGUGCAGACUCCACCGGCUAAGCGCUCAGGCGCAGAGCUGGCCCUGGACUACCUCAGUGGAUGGGUCCAGAAGCACCAGAGCUGGAGGUUCCAGAAGACAAGGCAGACGUGGCUCCUGCUAAACAUGUAUGACAGUGACAAGGUCCCGGAAGAGCACUUCCCCACCCUGCUGGCCUACCUGGAGGGGCUGCAGGGCAAGGCCCGUGAGCUGACCCUGAAGAAGGCAGAAGCCCUGAUGCAGGAGCUAGACAUGGUGGGGUCAGAUGCUGCCCUGCAGGAGAAGGCCUCACGCCUGCGCCAGGUGCUGCAGCUGCUGUCCUAGCAAGGAGUGUGGGGGACACUUGCACCUGGCAUUGUGGGCCCUCAGAUGUGCAGGGUUCAACAGGAACAGUUUGGGCUAUGGUCUCCCCUUCGUGACGAGGGGUCUUUAUGCCUUCAGAGGGAUCACCAGACUCACCCUGCACCACGAAGUUGCUGUCACACAGAUGUCUAUUUUUCUACCAGGGAUGUUUUAGCAACUUGCCAGUGCUGGUCCUGUACCAGCUGCAGCUCCUCCGGGUUGGAGUAAGGUGUGCCCCAGGUUGGGGACAAGUGCAAGGAAAUCCCACAGGGGCUGCCAUCUUCCCAUGCCUGCGUGGCCACAUAAUCAAUAAAAACAAGCUACUGGCUGUG